AUGGGAGGUCAGGAAUGGGAGUCGACCGGAUGCGCGGCGAAGUGGCAGGCCUUCAGCGGACCCUUCGAGCAUAGCCUUGGUGUUUCGCCUCUGGGAAGUGACAUCAUCGCGGCGAAUUCAAAGGAAGAGGUGCAAGCGAAGGCCAGCGCCUUGCCUCCUGGACUUUGGGAGGAUGAGGACGGCGACCUGGCGCACGUCUUCUUGGAGGAAAGUUCCUCCGAUAUGGUGGAGGUCGCCAGGUCCAAACUUCGACCCUUGGAGCCUGUGGAGGGAACCGCACCUUCAAAGUCACCGCUGGUUCCUUUUGCACCCUCGGCACCGGCGCCCAAAGCGGCGCGGCGUGGGCGAGGCUUUUCAGCCAUGGCACAUUCCAGGUCAGAUGCGAAAGACGUCCAAGGUGAAACAGUGCGGAAGAGCCAGGAGGGGGACGAGAAGAUGGCGCACGACCUGGAUGUCUUGGAAGGUCAAGUGAGAUCCGAAAAGACGAUUGAGGCAGUUCCGGAGACUCAAAGCAUGGAGGAACUGCUGCGCCAGCUGGAUGGAGAUGAAGGUGACGACUCAGGCGAGGCUGAGCCGAGGUUCAAUGGAUCUUCAAAGCCGAGUGUGCAAUCCAUCAAGGAACCCUCGCAAGCUUCAAAACCUUCAGCCUCUGACUUUUGCCUCGUCUCCAACUUCGGUCAGCAGCGUCAGGACGCGGCCAGCAACGCCGCAGCGGAGCGCGAACGGCGGAAGAAGGCGGAGCUGGAGCUGUUUGAUCGCCUGGCCGGUGAAAGACAGAGAGUUGAACGGAGACAAGGAGAGGAUGAAGAUGUCAACGAUCUCCAAGCGAGACUUGCACGAUUGCGAGCACGCCAAGCUGAUGAGUGGGAGAAAGAGGAGGAGGUCACUGUGGCUGCUCAAAGUAGCCAGGCAAGGUUUGAGGAAGCUAGAAAACAAGCAAAAGAAGCGCGAAGACGCGCAAAAGGAGGAGAGGUAUUGCCAGAGAAAGAGGAAGACAGACUUGCCGAAGAGGCUCGCAAGCAAGCAGAACAAGAACGGCUGGAAAGGGAGAGACAGGAGGCGGAGGAGGAGAGAAGACUUGCCGAAGAGGCUCGCAAGCAAGCAGAGCAAGAACGGCUAGAAAGGGAGAGACAGGAGGAUGAGAGAAGACUUGCCGAAGAGGCUCGCAAGCAAGCAGAGCAAGAACGGCUGGAAAGGGAGAGACAGGAGGAGGAGAGAAGACUUACCGAAGAGGCUCGCAAGCAAGCAGAGCAAGAACGGCUAGAAAGGGAGAGACAGGAGGAGGAGAGCAGACUUGCCGAAGAGGCUCGCAAGCAAGCAGAGCAAGAACGGCUGGAAAGGGAGAGACAGGAGGAGGAGAGAAGACGUGCCGAAGAGGCUCGCAAGCAAGCAGAGCAAGAGCGGCUGGAAAGGGAGAGACAGGAGGAGGAGAGAAGACUUGUCGAAGAGACUCGCAAGCAAGCAGAACAAGAACGGCUGGAAAGGGAGAGACAGGAGGAGGAGAGAAGACUUGCCGAAGAGGCUCGCAAGCAAGCAGAACAAGAACGGCUGGAAAGGGAGAGACAGGAGGAGGAGAGAAGACUUGCCGAAGAGGCUCGCAAGCAAGCAGAGCAAGAACGGCUGGAAAGGGAGAGACAGGAGGAGGAGAGAAGACUUGCCGAAGAGGCUCGCAAGCAAGCAGAGCAAGAACGGCUAGAAAGGGAGAGACAGGAGGAGGAAAGACUUGCCGAAGAGUCUCGCAAGCAAGCAGAGCAAGAACGGCUAUAUAGGAAGAGACAGGAGGAGGAAAGACUUGCCGAAGAGUCUCGCAAGCAAGCAGAGCAAGAACGGCUAGAAAGGAAGAGACAGGAGGAGGAAAGACUUGCCGAAGAGUCUCGCAAGCAAGCAGAGCAAGAACGGCUAGAAAGGGAGAGACAGGAGGAGGAGGAGAGAAGACUUGCCGAUGAGGCUAGCAAACAUGGAGAACAAGAAGAGGUGGAAAGAGCGGGAAAUGAAGAGGAGCCGUCUGCAGAAGCCUCCAUGGAGGCAUUGCUCGCCAUGUUGGACGCGGAGGAACAGCAGUCUGCUGAAGCCAGUGCUGCACCGCAGCCUGUGGAUGCGCCGAAGGGAAGAAGAAGACGUGCAGGCUUCAGCGCCAUGGUCAUGCAGCUUGGGUCACCAGACCCGGAGCCCAGGCCGAGUGCUCGAGUGGAAGCAAGUCCUGAAGCCUUUGAAGAGGUAGAUGUGGUGCCGGAAGUCGAGGUGGAGCCGAAAGAGCCUGAGAUUCCAUCCAUGGAGGCCCUGCUUCAAAUGCUAGAGCCAGAGCCAUUGGAGGAGGAACCCAAACCUGAAGGACCUGAAGCUGUGCAUUACGAAGAACCCAGUGUGGCAACUUUGGAGAUGAACAUGGCAGAGGAUCCGGAAAAGACAGAGACCUUUGAAGCAGUCUCUACUUCCACCGAAGUGUCAGAGACCAGACUAGCCGAGGAGCCGAUGUUUGCAGCCGAGAAGACGAUUCAGGAAACGCCAGCUCCCCGGCGCCGGCGGAAAGGAUUUAGUUCCGUGUUGGAAUCUUUGCCAGCUGACGAGGAGAAGGCUGAUGUUCCCUCCAUGGAGGCGCUUCUCUCCAUGCUGGACGGCAAAGGCGGACCGGAACUGCUUCCCGAUUCGGAGGAGUAGUGCCACGGCGCCAUGGCGGGGCCCAUGCCAAAGUUUGUGUGAGGCCGUCAUGGUAGUCAUGCCAUGUUAGGAAUGUCUGUGUCCAGGGUGUCUCUCAAAAUUUGGAGACACUGGAGACACCAUCAUUUGAAACAGGAUUGCACCAGAAGACUUCAG